AUGGUGGAUAGGAUCGCCACAGUUGAGACGGAGGUCACCAAGCAACUGAAGACCACGCUCCAGCUCCUGCAGGAGCUCACCACGAAGCAGGACAAGCACAAGGAGGGGCUGGACAAGCUCGAUGAGGGGCAGCAUGUCUUGGAGGAGAAGUUUGGGACGAUGAGCGUGCAGUACAAAGACCUCGUCGAGCGGGUGGAGAAACUUGAAAGCAAAGGAUUCCAAGGGGGGCUGUCGGCCCAAAGCACGACGACUACUGAGCCGGACGGCCUGGGGGGCAAACGAGUCCCUGCUCUGAUAGUGGGAGGCUGGAACGAUGACACACCAGCGGGGGAAGCAAUCGAGAAAGCUACCCGUGCCCUGCAACAACUCCAAGUAGAUUUGGACUACCGCAACAUGUUCGUGCCCGGGGUCCGACGUGGUUUUGGGCUGAUUCCCUUGAAGGGCGCGAGAGAGGGGGAGAAUGCAGAGGACUACAGGCAGCGCAUCCAGGGGGCGGUCACCAAAAUCCGCAAUGCGAAGCUGCAGACGGCACACCCGAGAGGACACGGGCCAACCCCGCUACAUGUUCCUCGCGGUCUCGCAGCCUCCAGAGCGAAGACGCCGGGCCAAGCUUGCGGCCAAGGUCAAACGAUGCGUAUUGGAGCUCGGCGGGGAGCACGGGCACUUCGGCGCAGUCUGGUACCGGGGGCUUCGCGUAUCCUCAGCCUCGAUGCCCAUGAACGACGGAGCCGUGGCAGCUGGAGGAGGAUGGGUGGAUGUCGCGCUGAUGGCUAG